AUGUGGCGCGGCUGUGACCCUGUUGAGCAACCUUCGUGUGAUGGAAUCUCAAGUAAGGCAAAUUAUAUUGGAUAUUACGAGGGUUGGAACACUCAGCGAGCAUGCGACAUUGUCGAGCCAGAAAAUAUCAAUGUCCUUCCUUGGACCCAUCUUUACUACAGCUUUGCCUAUAUUGACAAGUCUGAUUUUACUAUCACCACUAUGAACGAUGGUGACGAGGAUGACUGGUCUAAAUUUACCGCCCUGAAAAAAAAAGAAGAGUUCAUUGAAAACAUACCUGUCGAUCGGAGGCUGGGAUCUUGGUGUCGGAAAGCUUUCAUCAAAUCGGCGGUUGAGACCAUGAAGAAAUACGAUUUUGAUGGGAUCGACAUUGAUUGGGAGUACCCUGCGGCAGGAGAUCGAGGUGGCACUGCCAGAGACACAGCUAAUCUCGUCACGCUAUUGAAGGAGCUUCGCGAGGAAGUCAAGACUUCCUGGGGAGUCACAGUUACACUUCCGUCAUCUUAUUGGUAUCUGAAAGGAUUUGAUCUCAAAGGCAUGGCUGAACAUCUUGAUUUCUUCAACUUCAUGGCUUAUGAUAUUCAUGGUACAUGGGACGGUAAAACCAAGUGGACCAGUGCGGUGGUCAACCCUCAUACGAAUUUGACUGAGGUAUCCAAUGGAUUGGAUCUUCUGUGGCGGAACAGCAUAGAUCCAAGCCAGGUUCUAUUGGGAUUGGGUUUCUAUGGAAGAUCUUUCACUUUGGACGACACUUCCUGUACGUCUCCGGGUUGUGCAUUUGACAAAGAUCAUAACAGCACUGGGGGAGCCGCUGCAGGCCAAUGUACUGGAACAAGUGGUAUUCUUUCUGAUUAUGAAAUAAAUCGCAUCAUAAAAAGCGAUGCCCCUGAAAUCAAGUACGAUGAAGCGGCUGCUGUCAACUGGAUGACCUGGAACAACGACCAAUGGGUUUCCUUCGACAAUGAACGCACGUUGAAACAAAAGGCCGACUUUGCAAAUUCUAGGUGUCUUGGGGGUCUUUUCAGUUGGGCGCUUGAUAUGGGCGGUCCUGGUUCUUUGAAAAACCCUAACUCUAUGGACCCCUCUGAUACUAGCAUGAAUGGUGCUGAUACAAAGGGUGGAAGUGAUGGAACAGGAAUUCUCAAAGUUGCUUCUGAGAUAUUUGACUCUGAUGACCAUGAGGUCACGGGUAUUGCCCCGGUCAAUGUUAUCUUUCCCUGGAUAACAUUGCCCACACCAACCACCAUCCCUGAAACUACGCUAUCUACCUCCGUCGAAGUAGCAUGGGAGACACCGAAGAUGGUGACGAGUGGAACCAUCACAACUGUCACAAGCACCAUCACUCGUUACGUUCAAGACACAGUCAUAACAGUCCCUCCACACACGGCUUAUUCUCAUGGCUUCUAUAACUGGAACAUUACCCAAUCCAAUGCUACGUUUCUCGUGGGCACGCUUUGGCCUAGUAUCCCCAUGCCUGUGGUCCAUAUCACUGAUGACCCCAACCCUUUGUUUGAAUCAGGCGUUUCUCACAAGCAAGUCACGAGAACUAUCAAUAUUCCACCCUGGCCCUGGCACACCGACAAUGAGAACCCCACCAGGAUUACUUUCACUCAGGGCAGUCCGCCCGGUCCAACUUGUACAGCAGACUGUGGCGAGGUGUGUACCAAAUUUUGCAACGGGCCUUGCCUCAACAACUGUGAUGAUCUUUCGUAUAGCGAUUUCAUUGACCCUCUUGAUGACCAUCCCCCAUCUGUGGCCGACUGUGUCGGUCCAGACUGCAAAAACGGGGAAUGCAAAGACAAGCUGUGCAUCGAGAAGGGCUGCAAAGGGAAAGGCUGUCAGGGAAGAAUCUGUACAGAUGAUAAGGAUUGCGAGCCAACUGGAUGCAGAGGUACUGAUUGUUACGAGGGUCAUUGCGAAGGCGAUGACUGUCAAGAUCAUGGAUGUACUGGUGAAGACUGCGACGAAAGCUCUGGAAGAUGCAUUGGAUUCAACUGUCUGGCUUGGGGAUGUAUUGGUCUUGACUGCCCUCCAUCUGGCUCUGGAAAGUUCACCUGCACUGGCCCCAAUUGCCGUGUUGUCAGCUGCGCUGGGCCUGACUGCGAUAAUGGCAUCUGCAAAGGAGAGGACUGCGAGCCAGAGGAUCGUGACUGCGAGGCUCAAGAGGCUGAGGUCUGUACAGACUGGAUCAGCAGCACACUGGUUACGCCAGCUUCAACUCACUCUACAGAAACCGUUACUACUGCUUGUAAGACAAUAACUGCUUGUGAAGCGACACCAACUACGACUACGAAGACAAUCACCGACGAUCAAUUCGUGGAAGCCACUGUCAGUAUAAUUGAGUACGCCCAGACGCUGCCAGCAGAUGUUUCAUCUGCAAUAGAAAGCGAAUUGAUGGCAUAUGCUUCUGAUUAUUGGUCAGCCGUUGGUUCCACAACUUCUACAAAGACUACGGCAACGACGACAACAAGUAGCGGUGGCUCUGAGCCAUCGAAGGCCGGCUACCCUAAUUCAUUCUUGAUCUUCAAAUAUCACGAGGAGAAGGAUUAUAUUGACGCCAGUCGCAAAGAUACAUACUCUUUCUACGGUGCCUACUAUGAUUACCGCCAGGAAAUGACCGAGGUUCAGGUGUGUGCUGGAGAGCGCAAGGUGGCUGGACCAGUUGAUGCAGAUGAACAUGAUAGUUAUCCUUCAUCUCUCAGUGGCUUUGACCUCGGCGAAUACACUGGGUGCAAAUAUACGUCGCCGAAUGGCCAUCCGGGACACGUCACUUGCGAAAACACACUGACAGAAUUCGAUUGUCUUGGCUUUGUGAAAGAGAAAGGUAAUCAUGUCGUGGAUUUUGGCUGUGGGACAUCAAUGGACAAAGCGGGUACGAAGACAUGGAAAUCCUACAACAAGGUGAUAGAAUGCUCUAUCAUCUGA